CCGACCAUGGACCCUCGCCUUGCUGCUCUGCUCCUCGUGGCGCUCCUCUGCUCUCAACCGGGAGCAGGUCAGCGGCUGGUGGACUGCUGUCUGUCGACCAGCAACAAGUGCUUCCCUCAUCGAUUUGCGGCUAGCUACUACCACCAGGAGGCCGGCAACGGCUGCAAAUAUGAAGCCACCGUUAUUCUGACCAAGGGUGGCAGAAAACUUUGUUCCCCACCGCAGCACGCGAGCAAGUGCGUUCAAGAGCUCAUUGCCUACCUGGACAAGAGGAACGAGGUAGUAAGCGCUAAAAAGUGAAACCAACAUUUCAUAAUUUUGUCUUUUGAUGUUGCUCAUAAUAUAACGCUGCGCU